GGCGUCACGUGGACGCUGAGCCGGGAAAAUGGCGGCUUCGGGAGAGAGUGGGGCUUCGGGCGGCGGAGGCAGCACGGAGGAAGCAUUUAUGACCUUCUACAGUGAGGUAAAACAAAUAGAGAAAAGAGAUUCGGUUCUAACGUCCAAAAAUCAGAUUGAAAGAUUGACCCGUCCUGGUUCCUCUUACUUCAAUUUGAAUCCAUUUGAGGUUCUUCAAAUAGAUCCUGAAGUGACAGAUGAAGAAAUCAAAAAGAGGUUUCGUCAGUUGUCCAUAUUGGUGCAUCCUGACAAAAACCAAGAUGAUGCCGACAGAGCCCAAAAGGCUUUUGAAGCUGUGGACAAAGCUUACAAGUUGCUACUGGAUCAGGAACAAAAGAAGAGGGCCCUCGAUGUAAUUCAGGCAGGAAAAGAAUACGUGGAACACACUGUGAAGGAACGAAAAAAACAAUUGAAGAAGGAAGGGAAACCUACAAAUGUAGAGGAGGAUGAUCCUGAGCUGUUCAAACAAGCAGUGUAUAAGCAGACCAUGAAACUCUUUGCUGAGCUGGAAAUUAAAAGGAAAGAGAGAGAAGCCAAAGAGAUGCAUGAAAGAAAACGACAAAGGGAAGAAGAGAUUGAAGCUCAAGAAAAAGCCAAACGAGAAAGAGAGUGGCAGAAAAACUUUGAGGAAAGUAGAGAUGGUCGGGUAGACAGCUGGCGAAACUUCCAAGCAAAUACAAAGGGGAAGAAAGAAAAGAAAAAUCGGACCUUCCUGAGACCACCAAAAGUGAAAAUGGAGCAGCGCGAGUGACCAUCUGGGUCACGGCCACAGAACCUUCCCCCAGCUAUCUCCUUCCUGCUUUGAAGGACUCAUUCUUUCCUCUGGCCUUCACCCAAACAUAGAAUAGUAUUUGCUUUUUAGUCCAUUUUGUUUUCAAUACAAUUUAAUAUGGAUCAGAGUAAUUCUUUUGUACAUUGAAAUGAGGGGCUUGGUUUAAAAAAGACCUUCCCCACCCCUUACCCCUAGAACCACCGGGAUUGGAAGGUGCCACCAUUGAUGCUGCCUUCUCUUUCCACAGCCUGUAACUUAAUGUUUUGUACUUCACUGAAUUGCGAUGUUUAGAAACUUCAUGUAUAGUUCGUGGAAAUCAUCCAAUUAAACAUAUUGCUUACAUUGGUAUUGCUGUGAUUUCAGAGACAAGCCUGGGCCACCUUAGGAAGCCCCUCUGCUUCACUUGUCCCCUUUUGAACAAUCACUCGGUGCCCUGAAGCAUCGCUGUCCUGCUGUUGGGUGUGUACCCUUCUGUCUAACUGACCAGUCAGUAUAGUGUGAGGCUCUGACCCACCUAAGCCUGUCUGCUUUUCAGAGAGCUAGUCAUUCCCCAUCCAUUACCCAGUACCAUUGUGUCCUAGCUGGUCUACAUUCCAUAAUGGUGAUAUUCUUUAUGUAUAGUAAAUUUUUGUACCCAUUGAUACUCUCCCCCAGGUAUUAUUCCAAGGCUGGGUCUCUUGUCUGGCUUGGCCUAACCCCGAAAUACUCUGGAGUUGGAUACCCACAGCCCUCUACAGCUUAUUUGCUGAACCUUAUUUUUUCAUUGACAAAGAGGGAAUAGAAAUUACUAUGGCAGGGGCUAGGGAUUUAGCUCAGUGGUAGAAGGCUUGCCUCCCCUGCAGAAGGGCCUGGAUUUGAUCCUUAGUUCCACUAAAAAACAAAACCUAACAAAAUAAAAUUAUUGUGGCAGCUUUUGAGGAUUCACUGUGGCCUGUCUGAGAUAGCUACCAUGUUUGCCAAUAUUGUUAUCCUCUGUAAAAUGAGACAUCAUUUUGAGGAUUAAAGUAAUGCAUGAAAGCAUCCA